CUGACAGAGAGUUGAUGGGAAAAUUCUUGUGAGCUUGAGAUUAUAUUUUAUUGCAUAACUAAUAACAAAUCUACCAAAUAUGAAAAUACCUUUACAGUUUUCUUCUGCACUAUAUUUAUUUGCGUGGAUUACAUUGGUUUAUGGAGUACUAAUGCAACCCUCAGAGCCACCUAUAAAAUCAACAAUAACUGAUCCCGAGUUGGCAUUGAACACCGCCAAAAUAGUAUCGAUUGCUGUAAACAAUACCUUCAACACUUACUGUCCAUGGAAAAACAUAAGUAGAUGCUAUCAAUUUGCUGACUAUUUCCGUAAACAACUGAUCGUUCCAUUACCACGGUUGUCGCUUCAAGACAACAUUAUCAAGAACCAAACAAAAUUGUUAAAUAUGGCCCUAGUCAACAUCUCUACCACACUCAGGAAAUAUGCUGUCCUGAUUAAGAACCAACUUGAGAUAGAACGUGACCGUAUAUGUGCUCCUGCCAAAGUCAUAGCAGUGCCGUGUCAUUAUCCGGCUGCCUGUUCUAGGCUUACUGCUGAUUCAAAGGCUAUGCGUUAUUGCUAUUUGAGAUUUGUUGAAUCCUAUCUAACUGACCUGAAUCUGCUGAUGCCUUUGGAUUCUCAUGAAACAGAAGUAGAUGAGAGGCUUCUCUUACGAAAAGACGCUUCAGCUUCUCUUCGACGAAAAUCCAUUUUAAUUACUCUACGGACGCUUCAGGAACAUGUAACCGUUACCCAAAGAAUUCUACAGAUAUACAAUUAGUUAUUGUUGUCAUUAGAAUUUUAAAGAAAUGAAAUGAAUAUCUGGUGUGACUAUAGGUGCAAGCUUGGUUGUGUAAGAAGUAUCUUUCAAUCAAGAAGUCCCUUUCUCCAAAACCUGAAGUGAAAAAGUCUCUAGAAAAAUCUUUUUGUUUCAUAAUGAGGAUAUUAAUUUAUUUUAUCGCGUUUGUUUUAAAUAUUUUAUAUUUAUAAUUGUAUUCUCCAUAUAAAUAGAUUCAAAAAUUCUUUUGAUUUUCUUCCUUUCAAAUCAAGGGAGUAAGAUUAGCAUAAAAUACAUAUAUUUUGGAGGGUAACUGAUUAAAAAAAAGUUCGCCGACCCCUGAUCUAAUGACUGAAACAAGUAAUAGACGAAAGAUAAAAAAGUGAUGGUAUAUAAGUAUUAUAAAUUAUUAUUAAUUAUAAUAUAAUUUAUUUAUAAUAAUAU